AAAUGUCCUUCUUUUAGCUCAACUUCUUCUCUGGUAUAUUUUUUUCCCCACGGUUUCAGUAGUAAAAAAAAUAUAUAAAAGAAGAAAAAAAAAUCCGUCUGCUUGUAACUUAACUGUUCUGGGAGAUGGCCGUGCUUCCUUUGAUGGAGAAUUUGGAAUCGAUGGUGAAGAAGCUGAAGUCAGGCUGGUUGUGAAGGUGCUCGACCUCUUCCCUCCUGCGCCCCGAGCCAGAACCAUCAUGGCAGCGGGAGUAGCGGCAUGGCUUCCGUUUGCUCGGGCAGCGGCAAUUGGCUGGAUGCCUGUGGCCAACUUGCCCAUGCCGGUCGCCCCCACUGAAAAGAACAAGAGGCAGGAUGAGCUCAUAAUCCUUAAUGUCAGUGGACGGCGCUACCAGACCUGGAGGAACACACUGGACCGCUAUCCGGACACGCUGCUUGGCAGCUCGGAGAAGGAGUUCUUCUACAACGAGGACACCAAAGAGUACUUCUUUGACCGCGACCCCGAUGUGUUCCGUAGCGUGCUCAACUUCUACCGCACUGGCAAGCUCCACUAUCCAAGGUACGAGUGCAUCUCAUCUUAUGAUGAGGAGCUGGCUUUCUUUGGCAUUAUUCCAGAGAUUAUCGGGGACUGCUGCUACGAAGAGUACAAGGACAGGAAGAGGGAGAAUGCGGAACGUCUCAUGGACGACCAGGAGGACAACAAAGAUGCCAAGCUGCCCAACAUGACGUUCAGGGAAACCAUGUGGCGGGCCUUUGAGAACCCACACACUUCCACUAUGGCUCUGGUCUUCUACUAUGUCACUGGUUUCUUCAUCGCUAUCUCUGUCAUCACCAAUGUGGUCGAGACAGUGCCCUGCGGCUCAUCGCCCAACAUGAAGGAAGUGCCAUGUGGCGAGCGAUACACUGUGGCCUUUUUCUGCAUGGACACGGCUUGUGUGAUGAUCUUCACCGUGGAGUACCUGAUGCGCCUGUAUGCCGCACCCAACCGCUACCGCUUCAUGAGGUCCGUCAUGAGCAUCAUCGACGUGGUCGCCAUCCUACCCUAUUACAUUGGGCUAGUGAUGACCGACAACGAGGAUGUGAGUGGCGCUUUCGUGACUCUGAGGGUUUUCCGGGUGUUCCGUAUCUUUAAGUUCUCCCGUCACUCGCAAGGCCUGCGCAUCCUGGGCUACACGCUGAAGAGCUGUGCCUCGGAGCUGGGCUUCCUGCUCUUCUCCCUCACAAUGGCCAUAAUUAUCUUUGCCACUGUCAUGUUCUACGCAGAGAAGGGUUCAACCUCCAGCAAAUUCACAAGCAUCCCAGCCUCCUUUUGGUACACCAUCGUUACUAUGACAACGCUCGGAUAUGGAGACAUGGUCCCAAAGACGAUUGCAGGGAAGAUCUUUGGCUCAAUCUGCUCUCUGAGUGGGGUGCUGGUAAUUGCCCUUCCUGUUCCUGUCAUCGUGUCCAACUUUAGCCGCAUCUAUCACCAGAACCAGAGAGCAGACAAGCGGCGGGCGCAGAAGGUACAGAAAGCUCGCCUGGCAAGGAUACGAUUAUCGAAAACAGGAAGCACGAGUGCCGUCCUCCACAGCAAACGCAACGGCUUAUUCAAUGAAGCUCUCGAGCUCACGAGACUUCCAUACAAGAUGAACUUUUCAGAUCAGGGUUCCACUGGGGAGGAGAAGCAUUUAAGCAAAUCUGCCUCUCUAAUAGAGAGCCAGCACCACCACCUGCUGCACUGUCUGGAGAAAACCACAAACCACGAGUUUGUGGAUGAGCAGUAUUAUCAGCAGAGCUACUUGGAGGCGGGGCUGCAGAACUAUCCAUCUCGAAGCCCCUCGCUGUCCAGCCAAGAUGGCGUGACGGGGACGUGCUGCACCCGGCGAAGCAAGAAGAACCAUCAUGCCCCUUUAGCGAACGCUAAUGCUGCAGCUCACAUGCAGCCUUUGAAACACACGCACACACACCUACAAGGCUUGCAGGAGCUCAGCACCAUCCACAUCCAGCCGCUAAGUACCAGCCGCUCCAGUCUAAACAUGCGCGUAGAGGAGCCAGCUCCUCUGAACUGCCAGAGCAGCCAGAUCACAACAGCAAUCAUCACCAUCCCCACACCGCCAGUGACGACUCCGGAGGGCGACGCUCACCUGCCCGCCGCUCCCUCCCUUCAGAAUGUCGUAAAGGUGUCUGCGCUGUGAAGGCUAGACUGCAGCAGCAGCACCGCGCAAACAGACAGAGAAAGACUCACAGAAACAGACUGAGAAGAACUCACGGUGAUGGAAAGAGCUUUCAGAGACAUAAUGUGGCCCUGGUGGAGCCUGCCCUCUGCUGGUCAUGUGUUACAUUUGGCAGGGACUCCCAGUGCACAUGGAAGAGUGAUUCCAGAGGCAGCAUCUUCAUGUUGGUGGUCGGCAGAUGUGUGUUCAUAUGUGAAUGUGUGAGUAAAAGAACAAAAAAAAAAAAAAGAUUAAUAGGGAAUCAUUUAGUAUGAGGACUGUGUGCCUCUACGUGUCAGAGGUAAGUACCCAGAGUUACUCGUGUCACUGUGCACAAAAGCACCUUUUUAUAAUUUAUGCUUGAGUUUGACUCAUUUUGGUCAGAAAAUACAAGGGGGGAAAGAGGACAACUCAGAGGGAAGGGGGUAAGAACUAAAAAAAAAAAAAAAAAAACAUCCCCCAUUGUUUAAUGCCUUUGAAAUAGAAUACUGCCCUUUUCAGCCAUUUUGGUCCACUAACCUCCUUUUCAGGUCGAGUAUUAUUCCACUUUAGUAUAAAUUCUUAAAAUCCCAAAAAGCAGUAGGAGUCUGUGCAAUGGUGUAAUCAGUGAGUGUUUGUGAAGGAGUGUUUGUAACUUUAAGAUAGAUUGGAAGUUGUUUUGUUUCUGAGAGGAAGUGUGUGAGUGUGUUUGUGUGUGUUUUUCUCUCAGUUGAUUGAAAACUUGUAUUUCAGUUCUUCUGGAAGUAUCUAUGGCUCAGUAUAUGAUCUAUAUGACUAGCUGCCACUCCGAUGGGUUCUUUGCACAUACUUCUGUCAAAAAAUUCUCAGCUGCCAGGGUUUCACACAGUUUGUGCUUUGUUUGCAGGACUUAAAUACGGUUGGGAUUUUUUUAAUGUUUUGAAUCACUUCCCGUUUAUUUUGGCUCCAGUUGCCCAAAUGGCUUCAAGAAAUCCCAUUUAUUUUACAGACACACCAAAAAAAGCAUACCUUAAAUCCAAAUCUCCACAAUGAAAAGCACAAAGCAUUUGCUGAGAAUUUGCUGACAAAAAUCUGCCCUGAGCCCAUGACCUUUGUGAAUAUUGUUAAUAGAAUAUUUUGUAAUAUUUGACCAUGGUUUGGCAGAAGCAGUGAAUCUGUCCUCUUGUUCUCGCUCUCCUCUUUACAUCCUUUUCUCUCUCUCUUGUUGUUGUCCUGUUGUGUUCCUGACUUCUGUGUAAACAACAGUAUGCUUUCAGUAGUUUUUAUAGCUGUCAACAUUUUUUUCCUUCUUCCCGAAACUCAGCGAGCAUUUUUCAGAGUUGUUGAGUAUAUGUACGUAUCCUGUGUGGUUAGCAAACUUGGUGUUUGUACUUUUUGUCCUCCUCGAUGUUUUAAAGGACUUCUUAUUUUUACGUUAUCUUCUGGAGACUUUAAAGUAGGGAAAUCUAUUGUAAAAACCACAGGGACCUAAAGGAUACCAGAUGAACACAAUUUA